UAAUCGUUUCGUUUCGAAAAACGACCGAUUUUGAUUGAUCUCGCUACGCUGACCUGCCCGAGCGGUAGGGUUAGUUUCAAUCGGCGGUCGGGAUCCGUAUCGCUCGACAUCGAAUCGGACUGAUGCGAUGUGUCAGUGAUCUGUGUUCUCAGAUUUGCUAAGCCGUCUGAUGCUACCAAAACAAGAGGAGCCACGCUCGUCGAAACGGUUUCGUAGGCAAUAGCUUGUGCACUUUUAAUCCGCCAUAUUUUCGGAUGUCGCCUCAGCAGUUGAGCAGCAUUACAGCUAACACGAGCAUUAGAAGCAUACGUAAAAUGAAUUCGCACUCAACGGCAGAAAGGAGGAGAUGGUAUGUCGUGGCAUUCAUCGGCUCGCUGUUGGUCACCUACGUCGCAGCGGAUGAGCACAAUCAUAUGUACGAAGAUCACGAGGAAGUUGUGCUAUGGAUGAACACGGUUGGACCGUAUCACAACCGGCAGGAGACGUACGCUUACUUCUCUCUUCCGUUCUGUGUCGGUGCCAAACAAUCGAUCAAUCAUUAUCACGAAACUAUGAGCGAGGCACUCCAGGGAGUUGAACUGGAGUUCAGCGGAUAUGACAUCGAUUUUAAAGAUGAUAUCAGUCAAACAGAGAUCUGCAUGGUGGAGCUGACGGAGGAGAAGCAUAAGGCGUUUGUGUAUGCCGUGAAAAAUCAGUACUGGUAUCAGAUGUACAUCGAUGACCUGCCGAUCUGGGGCGUAGUUGGAAAAGAGGAAGAGAAAAAGUACUACAUCUAUACCCACAAAAAGUUCGACAUCAGCUACAAUGGCAAACAGAUUGUGGACGUUACGCUUACACCUGAGCACAAGGAGCUGUUGCGGGUUGGCGCCAAGAUCAAGUUUACAUACGAGGUCAACUGGAAACCCAGCUCGGUUAAGUUCGAAGAUCGUUUCGAUAAGUAUCUGGAUCCGAACUUUUUCCAGCAUCGUAUCCACUGGUUUAGCAUCUUCAACAGCUUCAUGAUGGUGAUAUUCCUAGUCGGUUUGGUGUCAAUGAUCUUGAUGCGGACGCUACGUAAAGAUUAUGCUCGGUACAGCAAGGACGAAGAAGCAGAUGAUAUGGAACGUGACCUUGGCGACGAGUAUGGAUGGAAGCAGAUUCAUGGAGACGUAUUUCGACCAGCGUCUAAUGUAAUGCUUUUUUCCGCACUAAUUGGUGCCGGAUAUCAGCUUACAUCGGUGGUGCUAUGUGUCAUUACAUUUGCAAUACUUGGCGAACUCUAUACAGAACGUGGUUCUAUGCUAUCGACGACUAUUUUUGUAUAUGCUGCAACUUCCCCGAUCAAUGGAUAUUUCGGAGGAUCAUUGUACGCGCGUAUGGGAGGAAAGCAAUGGAUCAAGCAAAUGUUGAUGUCUGCGUUUAUCGUACCGGCGCUCGUUUGUGGCACCGCCUUCUUCAUCAAUUUCAUCGCGAUCUAUUAUCACGCCUCUCGGGCGAUUCCUUUCGGAACAAUGGUUGCAGUGACGUGUAUCUGUAUUUUUGUGAUCCUGCCUCUGACACUGAUUGGAACCAUAGUGGGACGCAAUCUGGAUGGACAACCUGACUAUCCGUGCCGCGUGAACGCUGUCCCACGGCCCAUACCGGAAAAAAAAUGGUUCAUGGAGCCAGCUGUGAUUAUUCUUCUCGGUGGAGUGCUACCAUUCGGAUCGAUAUUUAUCGAAAUGUACUUCAUCUUCACUUCGUUUUGGGCGUAUAAAAUAUAUUACGUAUACGGUUUCAUGUUGUUGGUGUUUUUGAUCUUGAUCAUUGUGACCGUGUGCGUUACAAUCGUCUGCACGUAUUUCCUGCUAAAUGCAGAAGAUUAUCGAUGGCAGUGGACCAGCUUCAUGUCGGCGGCAUCCACGUCGAUAUAUGUGUACAUGUAUUCGUUCUAUUAUUUCUUCUUCAAAACAAAAAUGUACGGGCUGUUUCAGACUGCGUUCUACUUUGGAUAUAUGGCGCUGUUUUCCGGAGCGCUCGGUAUCAUCUGCGGGACGGUGGGAUACUUCGGAACAAACUUGUUCGUGCGGAAAAUUUAUUCUAAUGUAAAGAUUGACUAAAGGAACUUGUCCCUCCUCACUUCGGUGCCCGAGACACGCACACCGAUCGACAACCGCAACAGCCAACAGGGAGCGUGUACCAUGUUACAGAACAGCACUCGAUUGAUGAUGGUGUUUAGAAGCUCCCGUUUGCUGGAUGUUAUAUACUAAACCUUCAACAAGCUUUAGUAAACCAUGCUUAAGUUUAUUAAUCUAACUUUAAACCAUUAGCUGUCAAAAAAUCUACGGUCAACCGGAACUGUGAGGGAUGUUUGUAUGUAUUUGUGGCAACCAAGGUGUUUGUAUGGCUUAAGCAGAGGAUAAUGAAAAAGGUGGAAAAUUGCAGAAAAAAGUGGAUCGACUGUUUUCGCGGGUUUAUUCCCCGAAUAGAUGGUAACGGCAGCAUUUAAAAUCAUGUGUAAUAGUAUGUGUAUGACUUGAGAGAUCGCGGAAGAUUGUUAAUCCGUAAUUCAAACUUAGUAAUAAGUAAAGGAAAAGUUUGGUACACGUGUUGGCAAACGUAAAUGAUCUACGGUCCUUGAAUUGCAUGCUGAACAAUGAACGCACGAUGCAAGCGCGCUGUCGGUGACGUGUUGCUUAGUUUGUCUUGUCUUGUGGAGAGAUCUUUGCAAGAAAGAAUGAGAUGAACUGAAAAUUAUCCUUUUCAUCGCAUAACGUAAAUCACUGUCACGAAAGCGACAGCGUUUGCGCUCCUACAUGAGUAGUCCAUGUGGCAAUAUCGAUGAGUUCGGCGAAUAUUUGAAUACUGGUUCGUUAUUUUGUGUUGCUUAAUGAUUUGCUAAUUACUUAUUUGAAGCAAUUUACGAAUGACAUUCUCAAUGGCAUACCGAACCGCUGAUUUUGGCCCUGGAAAGAAAACAAACAAAAAAAAAAACAACCAGAAAAGAUGCAAGAGAGAAAUAACACCACUUCCUACUACCACAGGUAAUUGAGUUGAACACG